AUGAAAAAGAAAAGUCAGGAGCCCGCAUUCCUCGAGAAAUCUAAGAAGGCAAAGAAGAACCGAAGAGGUGGCUCCCUCUCUAAUCCAGUUGAGCCGUCGCACUUUCAGGGUUCCAUCUCGGCGGCACAACAUGCUAAAAAGAUGGCAAGAAUGCAAAGAGUAGAGGAGGAGUACUCCUACCGCCCCGAGUUGUUCUUGAAGACUAAUUUCAAAACUGUUGCUGGAAAAGGAGAAAUUGCAGCAAACAAGAGAGCAAAACAAAUUUCGGAGACGUACAACAAGAAGCUGGAUGAUUGUAGCACUCAAGGGUCACAGCCAAACCCUGAUUUGUUGUAUUGGGAGACAGUUGGUGGGAGGAACAGAGGAAAAGUGCAGGGGUUAGGUCAGGGAGAUUAUUUGUACUACAACUCUUCAUCUGGGCGAGGAGGAGAUGGCUCUUCACAACCAUAUGAGCCAUCGAUUUUUUCUCAGGUAGAGGCGCAGGUGGAGGCCAAGGUCGCUGCACGGAUGGUAGAAGUGGAGGCAAAGGUUGCAGCACGUCUGGAAGAGUCAAACCGGGCCCUCGUGCAGGAAAUGAUGCGGAACAUGACUAAUUGUGGUCACUUGUUCUCAGGUUGCAACACAGGACCCUCUUCCCAACGCAGACCAGAGGAUGACCCGGGGUUUGGUGGUGGCGGCACUACACAGACACCAACCACAGUGUAGUUUGUUUGGUUUUGACAACUAGCUAGAUUACUAACUUAUAGUUUGUUCAUACUUAGUCUAAUUUUAUAUAUGCACUUAGUGUCUAUAUUUA